UUUCUUUUUGUUUAUUUCCACCCUGUAGCCUAGAUGCUGUAAAACAAAAAAAUAAACAUUCAGUUGGAAAAUAGGGAUCAAAGAAAGGUGUUUAGACAGCAAGUACAACCCAAACAUUUUUAAUAACAGAACAGGCUACAACCGUUUUAUUUCGUAUGCAUUCGUGAGUCUUCGUAUGGGUUCGGAAAAGCCCAGGAGAGGGGGCUGAGUCCGAGCCGCACUGAUAUCUAGGUUGCAUGUGACUAAUCGAGUUUGCCAGUGAAGUAGGCUACAAUUCAUUCCUACGGAAUGUUCACCUGAGAGAGCGGAAGCACUGCAAAAUAACAGACCGAAUCGUUUUGAGAAAUGUGGUGUCAUUAGAAGCGAAGGACGAUUGCACGGUAACCUGACUUAAAACGGAAAUUACAAAUUCCCUGCUGAAGGAGCGAAGUUUACAAACGUAGUAAAGCCACUGGUGAAAACCCCACACAUACAAAACGAAAAAAAAGGAACAUGGCAACGGGUGGAUUUAAACCAAAUGCACAGACAGACUUUCUGGAGGAAUGGAAGGCUAAACGGGAGAAAAUGAGGGCAAAAAUGCUCGGGGACAUCGCUGCGGCCACCGGCGCGUGCACUGGUGGUAUUGCCCCUGCCACUGCGUCCCUGGGGAGCCACAGCAACAAAAGUGAGAUGCGCAAUGCUACCUCGAGCACCGAACUUAACAACAACGGCAACCCGGACCGCGGGACAUCAUACCCCAUGGCUCGCUCAUCAUCCUCCUCAGCCUUGAAGAGACCUGACGAUGACCCACACCCGACACCAGCCGUCAGAGGAGCGGAUACACCGGGGAGUAACCUGAAGAAGACACCGCAGCCGGAGAAAGUGCCCUGCACCCCACAAGAGUCCAGCCCGACUGCAUGCAAUGACCAUGGCAGUGACAAGGAGAGCCCCUCACCCAGUAAAGGCAAAGAGAAGAAAAACAGUGGUCCAAGCGCCAGGAAGGGGAAAGGACAGAUAGAGAAGAGAAAGCUGAGGGAGAAGCGCAGAUCAACAGGUGUUGUCAGCAUGCCAUCCACCGAGAGCCUGGAUGAGCUGGAUGAUGACGACGGAGGGGAUAAGGCGAAGGAGGAGGAGCAGCAGCUGACACAGCUCAACACGGAACAGAACGAAGCCAUGACCUCUGACCCAGGGGCCGCCACCCACUUACUACAGGAUACUCCAAGAUCCGGGAGUGGCCACCACCAGAGCAGCAGCUCUGGAGGUCCUGGUUCUGAGGAGGAGGCGGGGGGGAACAGUCGACACCGCCACGGCAACCGCCACGGCAACGCCGGAGGACUGGAGAGGAGGAUGGAGGAACUGGAAAAGGAGCUGGCCAGACAGAGGCAGGAGAACGAGCAGCUGCUGAAAGCCCACCAGGAUAAAGACGACCUGAUUGGAAAGCUGAAGGAGGAGAUUGACUUGCUGAAUAGAGACCUUGAUGACAUUGAGGAUGAGAAUGAGCAGCUGAAGCAGGAGAACAAAACUCUCCUGAAGGUGGUGGGCCAGCUGACGAGGUAGAACCCAACGGGCCACGGAUCCCCACUUCCAAAAAGAACAAACCACCCCUCCCUCCAACGGAGUGCCCCUCCCAAGCUCUUACACACCCUGCUCUCACCCUUCCCUUUCUACCCUCGGCCCAAGUCCAGCAUGUCCUUUCUCUGUGUCAGUGGUGUCUCUGUUAUUGUCGCUGGGUGGAAGGGGACAUUUGAAAGUAGCUUUUAGAGCCUUUGUGUCAUAUGCACACCUUUUUAUUCUGUUCUGAGGGGAACCUGAAGCCACUGAGAGCUCUAGUCCUAUUUAGAUCCAAUGGGGUGUCUAAAGAAGAUUCUGUGAUGGUAUAUUUAAUGUAAAUCUCUUGUACAUAGGCCAUUUAGAUUUGUUGUUCUUUUUUGAUGAAUCUUAAAAAGGAAAUUGAAUGUACGUGGUGCAUCACCGAGCACAUGAGGGAUGUUUUGUUUGUUUUAGGAACUAAAAGAGGUCUUGGACAUUUUGACUCUAAUGAUCUGUUGACCAAGGUAUAUAAUGCUUGCCUAGGUUAUGUGCAACCGGCUCUCUGCUUCUGUUCAUCUGCAUCAUUACAGUGUAAAUACGUUGUCAGUCCAGUGACCAUAUUAUCCAUCUCAGCACUAAAACCUGGUCUCCAUCUGCACGUGAAACAACCUGCUCUGUGAUGGAGCCUAUGUCAUUUAGACUAAAUUCAAGACAAAAUCCCUGCUACCAUCAGCCAAAGUAGGCAUAAUGCCUUGCACGUUUACGGAGGUCUUUUUUGGAAAUCCAUUAGUUCCAUCUCCCCAAGGGGAUAAAAAAAAAAGCCUGGUGCUUUUUCUGUUCAUGUUGAUGGCGCUUUUACUCUCUUGUUCCGAUUUAUACUUGGUACAUUUUAAUCACUGGGGUCGUUUCAGCUAAACUUAGGGUAUGCCAGUGACAUUGGUGGGGAGAUAAAGUUGAAGCUUUAUUUACUGCAUUUCUACACAAUUUAAAAACUCUAAAAUGAUAUUCGGAGAACAAAAACAAGCUAAAUUGACUUCUGCCAUAAUACGCUAAACUGCUAUUGCCUUUUAAUGGGGAUUUGAAUGAUUUUAGUAGCCUAUUUUAUAUUGUUGGUGUUGAGCUAGGAUAUGAUGUCUGCCAUACUCAAUUCACGCCCUAAUUUUUUAACCCAGGUGGUAUAUUUUCAACCUGAAGUCAUUCAAAUAUAUAUAUCCCCAUUUAUAAAUCAUAAAAAGCAAGCAAUUUGUUUUCAUUAAUUCUUUGCUUUAUAGCCAUUUCAAUGUUGAAAAUGAAAUAUUCUAGUAUUGUUGAUGGGGAGAGGUCUUGAGGUUACACCCCGGUAGAAAUACAUAUGGAAUCUUUUGAAAUCCGUUUUGCAUCUGUAACUCAAGCGUUUACAGCUUGUUCUGUUAGCAAUAUUGAUAGGUGUAGCUGCUCUUGGUAUAUCGUGAGCAAGAGUUAUAGAGUAAGCUACUGCAGUGCAUUUUGUUGUAACCAAAUCAACUGAAGGAACAUACUUUUUGAAAUGCAUCUUCUUUUGUAUUUCUCAAGACAGUGAUGUGGCUGUGAGUAGUUCUAUUACUUUACCCAGCUGUAUUUAGAGCAUUGCAUUACAUACAGGGGCCCAUGUUGUGCUGAAACAAAUGUGUGGCUCUUGCAUCAUGUACUUGGUAAAGAUUUUAGGUUUUAGACUUUACUGGAGUACAUCUCGAUAUAGAAACCCCUCUUACCGGUAGGUAGAGACACACACACACACACACACACACACACACACACCCCUUACAGAAAAAACAUGUGAAACCAUGUGUUUUUGGAACAUUUCACGUGUAGUUUCACAUGAACCUUUCACAUUUUUAUUCAAAUGUGAAUCUUUUUGGGGGGGAUAUUUUUCACUUGAGAUUUCACAGGUGAUGCCCUGCAAAUAAAACAGAUUUGUUAGAAUGCACACGCGGUGCUUUUAACAUAAUGUUUUCAACUCCCAUAUUUGGCACACUUUGACAUACAUGAUUACGUUGUGUAUGUUUGUUUAUACAGUAAUUGUUAUUCCACAUGUCCUCGCCGAGGAUUUCAACUCCCAACCUCUUCGUUCAUGGCAUUCCGAUAUAUUCCUACACUUUGGACUUCAAAGUAAAUCUGUUUUGUUAAAAGUGCAUUUAUCGGUGUGAUUCAGGAGUAAUGUUAAAACAGAAUAAUAUACCCUCCAACAUUAGACAACUGUACAGAAAACCCUCAGAUUGCUGCAAUAAGUAAAUGAGUUAAACAAUGAGAGAAUAGUCAGAUGAACUGAUAAGUAAAAUGGCAGUGUAGAUAGCACUCUUUUGGUAAGUGCAGCGAUGUAGGGGAAUGCUUCAGAGUUUGUGCCACAACAGAAAGAUCAGUUUACCACAAAUCCAGACGAUGUUAAGAGUUUAAAUCCCAGGUGGGGUCAUAUUGAAAAGCCAGUAAAUCCCAGGUGGCCUCAUAUUGAAAAGCCAGUAAAUCCCAGGUGGCCUCAUAUUGAAAAGCCAGUAAAUCCCAGGUGGCCUCAUAUUGAAAAGCCAGUAAAUCCCAGGUGGCCUCAUAUUGAAAAGCCAGUAAAUCCCAGGUGGCCUCAUAUUGAAAAGCCAGUAAAUCCCAGGUGGCCUCAUAUUGAAAAGUCAGUACUUAACUACUAGGUGAUCAUGUCAAAUGUAAUCAUUGACAUUUGAGUAAAGAUUUGACUAUUUUAGCGAAACAGCGGGCUACUUACUUUAAAACCUCCAUAUCAUGUAUUUACUCAUCAUGUUACGUCUUGAUGAAUUGUAAAACAAAGGUCUUGAACAUCUUACAAACAUGUUCCUCAAUGACUUUAUUGGGAUGUUGUGUUGUGGUCCCCUGGAGUUUUUUGUUGUUGUCUAGUUCCAGUUUUGUUCCAGGGAUGUCCCCAAGGACGUUGUUAGGAUGUUCUUGGAAUGUUGUCAUGGUCCCCUGGAGGUUUUAUCUAGUUCCUGGUUUGUUCCAAGGAUUUUCCCCAGGACGUUCUUAGCACAUUCCUGGGAUGUUGUGUCAUGGUCCCCUGGAGGUUUUGUCUAGUUCCCGGUUUGUUUCAAAGAUGUCCCCCGGGAUGUUUUUAGCACAUUAUUGGGAUGAUGUUGUCAUGGUCCCCUGAAGGUUUUUGUCAAGCUCAAAUGUUGUCACAUGUAGUUUCAUGCGAUCACAUGUUAGUUUUGCCUCCCCAUUAUUGUCACAUUUACUCAAAUGUUGUCAAGUGUAGUUUAAUGGUGUCACGUUGACAUUUUGCUUCCCAAGUUGUCACGUUUAUUUCACAAAUGUUCUCACAUGUUGUUUUACAUGUCACAUGAACUUCAUGUGACGUGUUUUUCUGUAAGGGACACACACCUCAUUCUCUCUACAUUAUGCAUGUACAGAAGAUGAAGUCAUUUAAUAAAAGUUUGAUUAUCUCUC